AAAACUAAAAACCAAAUCCGAAAUUUGGUUUUUGGUUUUUCGGGUCGGAUUCAUGUAGUUAAAACACUACCGCAUUCAACAUAAACCAGAGGCAGGGUAACCUUUUCCUCCCAAUAUACAAAACGAUCCACCGAUCGAAGAUUAAUAACCAGAAUCGAAUAUGUCGUCACUUGCAGCUGCUAGGGCAGACAAUUUCUACUACCCCCCAGAAUGGGAUCCCAAGAAGGGUGGCCUGAACAAGUUUCACGGGCAACAUGCCUUAAGGGAGCGAGCAAGAAAAAUAGAUCAGGGCAUCUUAAUCAUAAGGUUCGAGAUGCCGUUCAAUAUCUGGUGUGGCGGUUGCAAUUCCAUGAUCGCAAAGGGUGUACGGUUUAACGCUGAGAAGAAGCAAGUCGGGAAUUAUUAUUCUACAAAGAUAUGGAACUUCACUAUGAAAUCCGCAUGCUGCCAGCAUGAAAUCGUAAUUCAAACCGAUCCAAAGAACACCGAGUAUCUUGUCAUUAGUGGAGCGCAAAAGAAGGUUGAAGAGUUUGAUACCGAAGAUGCAGAAACUAUGGCAUUACCUGUUGAUGAAGAGAGAAGCAAGCUAGCAGAUCCUUUCUAUCGCCUUGAACACCAAGAAGAGGAUUUAAAAAAGAAAAAAGAAGCAGAGCCGUUGCUGGUGCGACUUCAACGAGUAUCUGACGCUAGACAUUUGGAUGAUUACGCUAUUAACAAGUCGCUGCGUGCCAAACUUAGAUCUCAAAAGAAAAGAGUUGCUGAGGAAGAGGUGGCUGCAAGGAAGAUGGGGCUCGGGAUAAGACUACUCCCAGAGACAAAAGAAGAUGUGGCGGCUGCUAAACGGGUCAAGUUCUCUUCAAACUUCAACAAAAACAGAGACGAGAAGCGUGCGUUGAUCAAAUCUGCAUCAAUCUUCUCAGACUCAUCUGCUUCAUCAAGUUCAAGAAGGUUGGAGCUCGAGGCAAAAAGACGAAAAAUAAAUGCAGCAUCGGCAUCUAAGUUGCUGACUGGUGGUUUUAAACCGUCAUCAUGGUCAAAUGUUUCUGGAUCUUCAGCUCGUAAGAACAGGUCUUAAGAUUACCACAUGAUUCAAAAUAGGCGCGUGUGUUUGGUUUAUGUAUUUCUUUUGCUUGAUAUAAUCUAGAUGCAUGGUUUUUCUGCUUGUGUAUAUUUCAUAAGAUGAUGUUCUUUUGUAUACUUCUGAAAGUUGUUGCGUUACAAGUCAUAUGUAAGAUUAAAAGUUGUGGCCA